AUGUGUUGGUUGUUGAGGAUUGUGUGCUCACUAAUUGUACUACUAAUAACGAUAUCCCUAACACAGUCGUCUCCGGUUGGUAAGUUGCGAAACAUGGUCACUGAACAUGACAUUUUGUGUCAACAAGUAUGACAACUUGUUGAUACUGUUAAAAAUAGAUAUUUAUGAUACUGUAGAACGGGCUAUGGGUAUGAAGUUUCAAAAUUUUAGGUAUGACUAUAUGUAUUGUAGAGAUGAGUGUAUAGCUUUAAGGUAACUUGGUAAUUACUAAAAAGGUAUUUCUGCUUAAGAUUUGUUUUAUUAUCUUUACUCUUAUCUUUAUGUUGUUGUAGAUCGGGGCAAUCUGAAAAAGGCGUCAGAUAAUCCGCAAUGGGAAGAUCUCGGAUGGGCGUGGGGAAAGCGGUCGGUGGCGGUGGAGUUGGUCGAUCCUGAAGAUGUAAGGCUUGUUUUUAUAACUUUAUAUUAAGUAGUUCAACUAAUCCUGUGCUCCUAAUCUAAAAAAAUAUUUUGAGCAGAGCGCUGAAUUAUUUGAACAUACUUCACUUUAUCUUUUAAUACUUUACUCUAAACCUUGACUACCAUUACUCAACUUUAUGACUAAUUGUUACAAACUGCCAAUACUUUUUACUACUCUUUCAUGAUAACAUCUUUUCGUAUUACUAAAGUUAAACAAACGACUACCCUAAUACAGAUCAAGCCAUUGUAGGUAAUGCUACAACGAUACGUACGAUCACUGAAGGCAAUCAAGAAGAACCCGGACUGGCACGACCUCGGCUGGGCCUGGGGCAAGUAG